AUCAAAAGUAUAAAUAGACAUGCAAACUGAAAGGCAACAUUUUGAUUUAUUUUAAACAACACCAAUCAAAGAGAAGGGUUUGUCUACCCUUUAACUCAUUUAGCGUGAGUUUUGCGGGAAAUCAAAAAAAGUCAUCUUUCUCUUUCUAUUUUUUUAUUUUUAUUUUCCCAUUUGUUCGUGCUUUCAACGUUAAAAUAUUAACCUCCCCCCCCCCUCCCCUCCAAAAAAAAAACUUCUUUUUUUUUCUGUACCAAUAUUAAAGAACAAAAAGGGAGCUUGUUUAUUAUCAACAAAUACAUAUAUAAAAAAAUAAAGAAAAAAAACGUCAAUGUCUUCUGUCUUCGUACCCGAAAGUAGUGGCUCACCUCAACAACAGAAACAACCAGAACAAGCAAGACCCAAAAGACCAAGGUCGAGUUUAGCAUGUAUUCGCUGUCGUAAAAAGAAAGUAAAGUGUGAUUUUGUUCAACCUACCUGUGGACGAUGUGCUAUUGCAGGUUUACCUUGUAGUUAUGCUACUCCACCUCGCCGAGUCGAUGGCCAUGCCUUUGAUCAACUUGGUAACCACGUGGAGGAGCUCAAAGAAAGAAUGCAGAAAAUGCAAAACGAGCUUGCCAUGAUGAAACAUAAUUUACAUCCUUUCCCUCCUGCUAAUGUGAGCCAUGAAGACGACUGCUCCAAUCAGUCCACGCCCUUGAUGACUUCUGAUAAUGGUAACAUGGCUUUAACUUCUACUUCAGGCGUAUCUGAACAGUCUGUUACAUGGAAACUAUCAUUGUCACCUUCUGGUUUAAGAAUCGAUACAAAUAUUGCCAGUGUAGCUGACUUGUAUAGAAUUUUGUUAAACGGUAUCAGUCAAUUGAAUAUCAACAACGAUUCGACAACAAGCCUCUUCAAUCCAGAAUCAUCAUCAUCCUCUUCCAAUACAAUUCAUAAUGCAUUUACAUCUCGUGAUAGACGUCAACAAUCAAACACACCCACCUCCGCUGCAGCCUCCGCCGCCGCUGGAAAUAGGAGAGUGAAUAGUGGUGGUGGUAAUUAUCUGGACAAUGACAGCGAAAAAAGCGGACGUUUAUGGGAAGUUGAUGAAGUCGAAGCAAGAAAGAUUCAGCAAGAAAAGAAAUCGACCGAAGAUGUUUUACCAAAGGAAGUAUUGGAUAAAUUAAUGCACAGUUGUUACAAUACAUGUUUCUUGGCAUAUCAAAUCGUGGAUAAAGACGCAUUUAUCAAUCAAUAUUUGUCUGAAGAAGGUUUAGACCCACUAUUGGCGAAUUCAAUCAAUGCCUGGGUAUCUAAACACGGUUGCAUCUAUCACAAUAUCAAUGGACCAGUCAUCAAUACCAGCAUGGGUGAAGUGUAUUUUAAAAACGCAAGACAAUUGCUGAAAAAAUGCUUCGAUAUCAGUAGCCCUACGACUAUUCACGCCUUAUUGAAUUUGUACAUGUAUCAACUCAGUAGUGAACGUUCAAGUUUAGCUUAUCUUUAUAUUGGUUUAGCGAUUCGCAUGGCCCAAGAUCUGAAGUUUCACAAAAAAGAACAUAUGUCUGCUGAUUUGAAUCAGCGUGAGACAAAUAAGCGAUUAUGGUGGUCCGCAUAUUGGCUUGAUUUAUGUGCGGCCUUGGAGUCCAACCGUCCUACCAUGGUUGACGAUAAAGAUUGUGAUUUAGAUUAUCCUGUACGCCUAGAUCACGAAGACGAUGAAACUGGCUACCGUAUUCAUUUUGCUGUUUAUUCCAUCAAAUUGAUGCGUAUAAGAAAGGAUAUUACCAAGCAUUUACCUUCCGAACAAUCUGGCCAAUCUUUACUUUCCGCCAUUUCAAGACUCGAAAAUGCCCUUACCAAUUGGUUGGGAGAAUUACCUUUAGACCUUCAUUUCGACGAUAAUUCAAAUGCUUUCCAAAAGACAGGAUCUUUCAGAGAUGAGGCUUGCUUAAUUCUUAACAUUCAAUAUCAAACCACUUGGAUCAUGUUACACAAGUUCUUUUUACCCAAACAAGACCAAACAGCCACUCCCGUUGCUUUACUAUCGCUAAAUAUUUGCACGAAAUCCGCUAGCCUGAUAACACGUAUGUUGAGCAUUUAUGCAUCCAAUCUGAAUUGGUGUCAAUUCUUUUACGCCAUGGAUGGUAUCAUUGCUAGUGUAACCAUUCAUCAAGUCAAUGCUCUUUCAAGCGAAAAGGAAGUUUCGUAUUUAGCUCAACGUAAUUUAAUAAUCACCGCUAGUGUUUUGAAAAAAUCACCCUUGAUGUAUAUGGUCAAAGUAUGCGAAAUCAUUGAAAGCAUAGAAGGUUUCUUGAAAAAGAAUGGCUUAUCUGCCGAUAUUAGUGAUUUACCUGCUGUUAAUGAAGAUUCCAUUAACCAACCAUCAAUUUCUUCUGUGUUCCAUCCCGAACACCAUCACCGUCCAUCCUACAAUUCGGGGUCUUUAUCACCCUCUGUGCAGUCUCAGCAUACACCUGGUAUGAUGAAUUCACCUCAAUCCCAACACUCUUCUUCUACAAUCCGUGUACCUUCACAAUUAUCAUCUAAUAUGUUUCAACAACAACAAACCCCUCAACCCUCAUCCGCUUCAGCUGUUGCCGCUGCUGCUGGACAGCAACCAUUACACAAACAACAACAACUUCAUCAACAACAACAACAACAUCCUUCAUCUAAUAAUUCAUCCAUGUACAACAAUCCAAAUAUGUUGGUGGAACCGACCAUGCUAUUUAAUGAUCCAGGUCUGAUGGGAUUCAAUAUGGCACCGGGAGCCCAAGGAGCAGGGAUGGAUCACUUGUUGUUGAGAGAUAUGGGAUUUGAUUUGAAUAGUCCUGGUAGCCACCCAACGGGCAAUGAUAGAUUAUACAUGUAUGACCAUGGUGGAAACCGGUCGACGACCUCGAACACCAGCAAUAGCAAUAGUAACUACGUCUCCUCCACGGCGGCGAGCUCAGCGCCUUACGCAACGAGCGAAACUACUACUAAUAAUUUUGGAUAUAAUACCACGGCAUCCAGCAAUAACAACUUUAAUUCCUCGGACAAUACUUCGAAUACAAGUGCUAAUAAUAAUAACACUGCUUCAUACCCUUUCCUGAACAAUGCAGAGAUUUUUGGAAUCCCUACAGCCUCUGCAUCGCCUCAGCCGUACCCGACAAACAACCAAGGAGGGCCAUUUGAUCCGAAUAACCUGUUUGGGUCUAUGAAUAUGGAUCCUGCAACUAUGUCGGCCUUACUUUAUAAUAAUCCCGGUAUGCCUAACUUUUCAAGUUAUCAACAACCUCAACAACCAGGUACGGAGGAUAAUGAUUUAUUGUAUGGCCCGAAUAAUGGCAGAAAGAGAGUUCAUCGUGAUUGGGAAGAUGCAUCAUAAUUUUUCAUAAGCACUAUAUAAAAAAUAAAUAUAAAAAAUGUUACCACAAAAAAAAAAGCACUUCUCUAGAUCUUUCUCUUCCGUCGAUCUUGAUUAUGAUUGGUUUUUGUACGCCCAACAAGAGUGGCCGUACAUCCGAAAACUUUAACCCGGCCACAAUCUCCCCUUCCGUAAAAGAUUAUUCCCUUAAAAUUUUUUAAAUCCGGAUGAAACAGUGAACAUUAUAUUAAUUAUCUAUAGUAACAUUAGGUACCUAAAAGGACGACAUGUUCGUUAUAUUUAAAUGGAUCAUUUCUCAUUAGAAUAAACAUUUAAACAUAAUCGCAUCC